AUGGCGACGUUGGAGGAACUAAAGCUCCGUGUGAGGGAGUUGGAGAACGAAUUAAUCAAGUGUAAGCAAAAACAAUGCGCCGCCGAGCAGCUCUACCGACCUAAAAUUGAAAAGAUGAGCGCCGAAGUUGUUGAUUCCAACCCUUACAGUCGCCUGAUGGCUUUGAAGAGAAUGGGCAUCGUGGAUAAUUAUGAGAGCAUACGGACCUUCACAGUCGCCGUGGUGGGAGUCGGGGGAGUGGGCAGCGUGACAGCCGAAAUGCUGACUAGGUGUGGCAUCGGUAAGUUGCUCCUGUUUGACUAUGACAAAGUGGAGCUGGCCAACAUGAACAGACUCUUCUUCCAGCCUCACCAGGCUGGGCUCAGCAAGGUGGAAGCUGCAGAACACACACUCAGAAACAUCAAUCCAGACGUGUCCUUUGAGACACACAACUACAACAUCACCACCAUGGACAAUUUCAAUCACUUCAUGGAGCGUUUAAGUCACGGAGGCCUAGAGGAUGGCAAGCCUGUGGAUUUAGUACUGAGCUGCGUGGACAAUUUUGAGGCCCGUAUGGCCAUCAAUACGGCCUGCAAUGAGUUGGGACAAACCUGGAUGGAGUCCGGAGUGAGCGAGAAUGCCGUGUCGGGACACAUACAGCUCAUCAAUCCAGGAGAAACGGCGUGCUUUGCUUGUGCACCCCCUCUGGUGGUGGCAGCCAACAUUGAUGAGAAGACUCUCAAGAGGGAGGGCGUGUGCGCAGCCAGCUUGCCAACGACAAUGGGAGUAGUCGCUGGUAUCCUUGUCCAAAAUGUCCUCAAGUAUUUGUUGAAGUUCGGACGUGUCAGUUACUACCUGGGCUACAACGCUAUGCAGGACUUCUUUCCCAGCAUGUCUAUGAAACCCAACCCGCAGUGCAAUGACCGCCACUGCAGGAAGCAGCAGGGAGUGUACAAGGCGAAGGAAGCGGAGCAACCGAAAUCGGAAACUGUCCAGGAAGAGGAAGAGGUGGUUCACGAGGACAACGAAUGGGGGAUUGAACUUGUGUCAGAGGAAGCCAAUGAAGAGACACAGCUCACAGCGGCUGGUGUUCCCGACCUCCCUGAAGGCAUCACUGUAGCGUAUACCAUCCCGGCACCGAAUAAGGGCGACUGUGAGGUGGUGGAAGAGACGGAGCAGAGCCUGGAAGAACUGAUGGCUCAGAUGCGAAAGUUGUAG